GACUAUGUUAAAGAACUUAACAAAGUUAUCAACCUUAAAGGUCACCUGUGAUCUGCGGGCCCUCUCCUCACUCACACAGCCCACGCAUCAAAACAUCUUUGACCGCAACGCCAAGCGGCUACAAAAGGAACGCGCCGCCCUGAGUGAAGAUGUAGGACUUUAUGACUAUCUGAAGGAGGAGGUGGGCUUUCGACUGGCGGAUCGUGUGUUUGACAUUAAACGCGAGUUCAAGGCGGCCGCCGACAUCGGAUGCAGUCGAGGCUACCUCUCCAAGCACAUUCUGGCAGAGAGCGUGGAGCAUCUGACGCUCACAGACACUAGUGCCACGAUGCUUGAGCAGGCGCAGGGCACGCCAGGUCUCAAAAUACACAAAUUAGUCAGAGAUGAGGAGGACUUGGAUUUUGAGGAGAACUCUCUGGAUCUGGUCAUCUCCAGCCUUAGUCUGCAUUGGGUAAAUGACCUGCCUGGUUGCUUUGCCCAGAUAAAGCGCAGCUUAAAACCAGACGGCGUCUUCAUAGCCUCCAUGUUUGGCGGGGAUACGUUGUAUGAGUUGCGCUCCUCGCUGCAGUUGGCCGAGCUGGAGCGCAAGGGUGGCAUCUCACCGCACAUCUCGCCGUUUACCCAAAUACGCGAUAUCGGAUCUCUCCUAAACCGCGCCGGCUUCACCAUGCUGACCAUAGACACCGACGAAUUAGUAAUUGGCUAUCCCAGCAUGUUUGAGCUGAUGUGGGAUCUCAAGGGAAUGGCGGAAAACAACGCGGCCUUCAAUAGGCCCGCACACCUUAGUCGUGAGACAAUGCUGGCGGCCAGUGCCAUCUACCAGGAGCUCUAUGCCAAACCCAACGAUAGUGGUGUGCCGGCCACCUUUCAAAUCAUUUACUUUGUGGGCUGGAAGCCAGGACCCAACCAGCCGCAGCCAUUGGCACGCGGCACAGGCGAGGUGUCGCUCAAGGAUCUGGGAAAGAUUAUCGAAAAGGGCGGCAAGCUGUGAAGCUCACAGGCGUGAAAAUGGGGGGAAACGCUGCAAGUUCAGUUAAGUUUUAUUUCAAAACGCUCUUGAACAUAAUCUAUUACUUAAAUAAACAUGAUUCCCUCGUUGGGAAACUUAAUUUAA